CCAUAUGCCGGUUGAAAAGGGGGAAACUGUGGCUUACUGUGUAUUUUCCUACGAAACACAGGCAUUUGAAUACACGAACCGUCAUUCUUUUGUCAUUAACGUUGGAUAAUCAAAGUGUAUAGCUAAGGGACUUCGCGUGUUAAACUAGACAGAAUGAGCGAAGAAAUUAAAGAUAACAUGACCAACACAAACGGUGCUGAUAACGUGGACGUGACUCACACAGCAGCAGAGACAGCAGACAGCGAUGUGACAUACUACACCUUGGAAGAAGUAAAACCUCAUAAUAAGCGCACGGACGCAUGGCUUAUCAUCCACGAUAAAGUCUAUAACAUCACCAGUUUCUUGGCAGAGCAUCCAGGAGGUGAGGAUGUUUUGAUGGCACAGGCCGGUACAGAUGCCACAGUGAGCUUUGAGGAUGUUGGUCACUCUAAAGAUGCCAGAGCGAUGCUCAUCAAGUACUACAUUGGGGAGCUCAAGAUGGAUGACCGGAAGGAUGGCGCAAAGGAAAAAUUCAUUACAACUUCAGGAGACGGCUCCAGCUCGUGGACAACAUGGUUGAUACCUGCCAUAGUUGCAGUUGUUGUGGGUUUCAUGUAUCGAUACUACAUGCAGGAGCGCAAGUCUCCCUGAGCCCUGACGCUGUCUCUUCUCAUUCUUUCUGUCUGGAGGCCUUGACAUGUUUGACCAACCCCCCCCCCCCCCCAUUGAACACAACUCUUCAGAGGUGCGGACAAGGACAAAACAAUCCCCUUGCCCCUCUGCUUUCUUUUCUACACCUCAUCCAACAGGCUUUGGGCGAGAUGAAUCUGGAAACUUUCUACCCUCAGUGUCUUUACAUUGGUUUCUUAUCUAUUCAUAUUGACUCACUCUGCCUUUUGUAGUAAUUAUUGUGAUGUCUUAAGUUAUUCAUAUGCAUAUGAUCUAAACUGAUGUAUAUCUGCUUUAGUGGGACUCUUACAGUAAGCUCCAAAGGUAUUGGGACAGUUAUUAUAUUUUUUGGGGCUCUGUACUCCAGCACUUUAGAUUUUAAAUGAUACAAUGACUAUACUGUUAAAGUGCAGACUGUCAGGGUAUUUGCAUCCAUAUCAGGUGAACCGUUAAUAAUUUACAGCACUUUUUGUUCAUAGUCCUGGUGUGUCACGUCACUGUCACAAUACUUUUGGAGCUUUCUGUAUUACACUCAAUUUGUUCAGACCUGUUUUGUGGCUAACCCCACAUCUGUUUGACUGUAGGUCUAGGAAGUAAUAUAUUUGUGUAGUAGGGCAUAGCAACACAGGUUAUGGGGUCAUAUCUAUAAGAAAUAAUGCUGUUUUCUUAUGGAGAUAUCUGAAUAGCGUUGAGUUGCAUACUCCUUGUUAGUCUUAAUUCUCCUCAGACUGCUCUCCAGUAUUUAAUUUCUGACUGAAUAACAUAGGAAAAUCUAGCAACAAAGCAUUCUAAUGUAUGUUUGCUUGAGAGUACAUUGUCAUGCAACUUGUCAUGAUUUGAUCCAAUGACUUGAUUGCACAACAUGUCUUUAAAAGUACUUCAUUUAUGUUCAGCUAUUCGUUGCAUUGCCUGAUUUCGAGUAGGCCUCGUUCUCUCAAUCAACAUUUUGUAUUAAGAAGGCUGCACGCAAUGUACAGUAUUCUCUUUUGAUGUAUUGAUGAUUUAAAGUGAAAUGGGGAUAAGUACAACUCCCCUUUUCUAGUCUUACACUAAGCAUUUAUUUGGUGAUACUAUGCUUUAAAAAACAUGAAGUAUGAGAAUUGGUGUGUAUUAUAACCUUGACUAAUUCAAUUGCAUAACACUGUGCAGGAUAUGUCUGUCUCUUCCUAUGCACAUCCUUUAGCACUUAACUGCUGCCCUGUGAGUGAAUUCUAAUGGUUGGAAGAAAAUUGUUGAACUCUUGAAGGCAUAAAACACUUUUGCAUUCG